AUCCUAAAGAAGAAGAAGUCAACCACCUCGGUAUCUUGCUAGGCAACAAAGCUGAAACAUCGGUGCUCUUCAGACGCUUUCGGUGAUUAUUAGCCAUUGUGUUUUAAAACUCAUUUUUGUCGUCUAGUUAGUUACUACCCCUUUCGUUUAAAUAUUCCGUUGUUAGUCAUCUAGCUAGCUGGUUAAGUUAGGACUAGUAUUAGACGAGUUGCUAAUGCUAACUAGCUAGCAAGUUAGCAUCCCCGACCAUGAGCUCACUAAGCUACUCCACCCAUGAGGAGGUCUGCUGGACGGAGAAAGAAACUCUGGUGAAAGAGGAGGAGGAAGAGAAAUAUGUUACAAUACAAAAACUAGUGGAGGGUGAGACUGUUACCGUGAAAGAAGAAGAGAAAGACGUUUCAGUGAAAGAAGAGGAAGACUCGUUCAGAGUGAAAGAGGAGGAGGAUGUUACAGUGAAAGAGGAGGAUGUAACUGAAGAGAUACAGAAUGCCGUUUUUGGAAUGAAGAAGGAUGAGGGGGAGGUGACUGCUACUGUGAAGGAAGAGGAGGAGGACUAUGCCCUUUUUGGAAUGAAGGAGGGGGAGGUGACUGCUACUGUGAAGGAAGAGGAAGAAGCUUUCAGUGUAAAAGAGGAGGAGGAUGUUACUCUGAAGGAGGAGAAUGCCGUUUUUGGAAUGAAGGAGGGGGAGGUGACUGCUACUGUGAAGGAAGAGGAAGAAGCGUUCAGUGUAAAAGAGGAGGAGGAUGUUACUCUGAAGGAGGAGAAAGAGGAGAAUGCCGUUUUUGGAAUGAAGGAGGAGGGGGAGAUUACUGUCUCAUUGGAAGAGGAGGAGAAAGAAGAAGAAGAGACGACAGGAGAUCUGAUUAACGACGGAGAGAGACCAGACUCUCCAUCUGACAGCAGAGAGAGUCCUUCAGGGGAACCAGACCCUGAGACCCCAGCGAUGCAACACCACUGCUCCCAGUGUAAUAUGAGUUUUAAGUGGUUAUGGAAGCUGAAAGAGCAUGAAAGGAAACACACUGGAGAAAAGCCCUUCCAAUGCUCCCAGUGUGGAAAUAGAUUCUCACGAUCACAUGACCUAAAAUCACAUGAGAGGACACACACAGGGGAAAAACCUCACAAUUGCUCACAGUGUGGAAAGCUUUUUUCCCAUUUAGGGAACCUGAACAAACAUAAGAGAAUACACUCUGGAGAGAAGCCUUACCCCUGUUCCCAUUGUGGAAAGAAUUUUAGGUUGUCAGGUAACCUGAAAACGCAUGAGAGGACACACACAGGGGAGAAACCUUACCAUUGCUCCCUGUGUGGCAAGGAUUUUACCAAGUUAGGGAACCUGAAAGAUCACGAGAAGAAACACACAGGAGAAAAGCCUUACCACUGCUCCAAUUGUGGAAAGAGAUUUUCAACGUCAUCAGACUUAAAAAAGCAUGAGAUGACGCACACCGGGGAGAAAUCUUACCAUUGCUCUCAGUGUGGAAAUAGUUUCUUACGAUCACAUGACCUGAGAUCACAUGAGCGGACACACACAGGGGAAAAACCACACAGUUGUUCCCAGUGUGGAAAGUGUUUUUUGCAUUUAGGGAACCUGAACAAACAUAAGAAAAUACACUCUGGGGAGAAGCCUUACCCCUGUUCCCAUUGUGGAAAAUUCUUUAGGUCGUUAGAUAACAUGAGGGAGCAUGAGAAGACACACGCCGGGAAGAAGCUUUACCAUUGCGCCUUGUGCGGAAAGAGAUAUUCACGAUCACAUGACCUAAAAUCACAUAAAAGGAAACACACAGGGGAAGGAAACACACAGGGGAAAAAUCACACAGUUGGUCCCAGUGUGGAAAGAAUCACACACAGUUAGAGAACCAUUCCCAUUGUGUGGAACUAUAUUUUCCCGAUCACAUGACCUAAAUUCACAUCAAAUCUAACCAAGCUAUAUUUAUUCAGCACAUUUCAGACAUGGAGUGGAACACAAUGGGCUUCACAGGAAAAAACUAUGAAAACAAAAACUGAAAUAUUUACUACACAAGAAACAUAAGAGGAUAUAAAAAAACUAAAGAUUAACAAUAUAAACAUUUGUGCCCAGCUGUGGAUAAAACACUGCUAGCAUUUGUCUGCUCUAUUUUCAUGAUGGCUAGCAGCUAAUUGCUACUUAACACUGCUAGCAUUUGUCUGCUCCAUUUUCACGAUGGCUAGCAGCUAAUUGCUACUUAACACUGCUAGCAUUUGUCUGCUCCAUUUUCACGAUGGCUAGCAGCUAAUUGCUACUUAACACUGCUAGCAUUUGUCUGCUCCAUUUUCACGAUGGCUAGCAGCUAAUUGCUACUUAACACUGCUAGAAUUUGUCUGCUCCAUUUUCAAGAUGGCUAGCAGCUAAUUGCUACUUAACACUGCUAGCAUUUGUCUGCUCCAUUUUCACGAUGGCUAGCAGCUAAUUGCUACUUAACACUGCUAGCAUUUUCUGCUCCAUUUUCAUGAUGGCUAGCAGCUAAUUGCUACUUAACACUGCUAGCAUUUGUCUGCUCCAUUUUCACGAUGGCUAGCAGCUAAUUGCUACUUAACACUGCUAGCAUUUUCUGCUCCAUUUUCAUGAUAGCUAGCAGAUAAUUGCUACUUAACACUGCUAGCAUUUGUAACCAGUAGCAAUGUUUUUUUUUGUUUGUUUUUGUUUUCUUGUGGAAUAUUACAACAUACAAUCUACCUGCAGCGAAGCCGUUCAACAUUUACAUUACAUUCAGCCAUCUAGAAGACUCCUGUCCAGAGUGACCCACAGGAGCAACCAGGCUCAAGCGUCCCGCCCAUAGGGAUGUCGACAGAUCUUCCAACAAGUCAAAUCGAGGACUCAAACCAUUUAUAUAUAUAUAUAUAUUUUGUGAAAUGAAUACCAAGUAUGUCUACUUCACCAUCAGCCCAUUUUACAGGUAAACUACAGGAUCAUGUAAAAGCUGUUUUUGGUAAAGGUCCAAUACGCAAUAUUGUAGACUUGUCAUAAAAGUUAUCUUCAAUGAGACAGUGAGACAGCUUGAGGACUUAAUAUAAAACUUGAGUCAUCGGCACCUUUUUGUUUUUUAAGCCUUGGAUUUCUAAUCGUCUAAUGUUGUUGUUAUGAUGUCAUGAUUUAUGAUGUUAGAAUGCUUUAAUGUUGUUGUUAUGAUGUCAUGAUUUAUGAUGUUAGAAUGCUUUAAUGUUGUUGUUAUGAUGUCAUGAUUUAUGAUGUUAGAAUCCUCUAAUGUUGUUGUUAUGAUGUCAUGAUUUAUGAUGUUAGAAUCCUCUAAUGUUGUUGUUAUGAUGUCAUGAUUUAUGAUGUUAGAGCCGAUUUGGACAUGUUGGUAUAAAAAACCGAACAUACAAGAGCUCCAUGUACGUGUGUGUAAAUAUAUGAAAUGUGAAUGUAUAUGGUGUAUUAGUAUUAGGUACCUUUUAUGAAAUAUAUGAAAUAUGAAUGUAUAUGGUGUAUUAGUAUUAGGUACCUUUUAUGAUUGACAUUUAUCUGAUUGAGAUAUAUUCCUUUAUUAGUAACUUUGUGUUUGGCUCCUCCCCCUCCCCUCUCGCCCAUUCAUUGUACUGUGGUAAGUGUGUUAGUGAUAGGAGUAAGGCAGGAAGUUGGGACUUCGGGGUGAGGGGUGAGGGGAGUCCUAGCUAGACGCGGGUGCGGUAUAGUCUUUUGACCAUUCAGACAUAUGAACAGGCCGUCUUAUGUAAUUUUCACAUCAAGUAAUCUAUGCUUUUAAGUUGAUUGGAGAAUCAUUUAUUUGUUAGAUAUAAGAAGAAUAAACCUUUUUGUUGCACCAUA